AUUGCACUUAACUCCCCCGACACGUCGCGGAGGUGCGCGAGCGCACGCCUAUCGACCAGAUUCUCGUCUCUCCUCUCGUUUCCUCGCUGCCAGCGGGCAUGUAUGCAUUUCACUUGAAUCCCGGCUACGGCAACGCCUCGAACGUCUUCCGGGGAUCGGAAAUGUCCGGUACCCACGUGGCUACGCGGACAACACGAGGGAAGAAAGCCUGAUAAAAGUUCCCUGUCGUCCGGUGCUGGGUCCCGCGGUCCGUCGGCUCGACGCUCGAACUCGCCCAAAUACGACCGGAUGGUCCAUCGUUGUCUUAUCGCCGAAUUGAAUUGGCCGCGUCGUCGUUCGAAUCUCGGCGAGCAGAUACCGCGAAACCAGCAAGCUGACGCGUCCGCCGAGCGGAGGAACGUCGCGAAGGUGCGCCGGCAAUUGUGAGACAUGUGACAAUGGUGAAUGCUGUUGGUGGUACCGAAAAUCUUGCAUGCUCGACGAUGCAUCCGGUCGCUGUUUCGCGAACCUCGUGGCGUGCCACGGCCCUGUGAAACUCCGAAGGGAACCCGGCGCAUCGUCCUCGAGGUGUCCACGACCCUCCAGCGCCGCAUUUCGUGCGAUAGUCCAAUAACGGAACUGAUGACGCGGGAGUGCGUCAAAUCUGACCUGUUUGGGCGGCACAGAAAUGGGACGGCAGGUUCGAGCAGCCAGCCUUACCGCGCCUACAACAGAAACCAUAUCCGGGUUGUUUCCCCAAUAAAAUGCAUCGGACGAACGGUGUAGCUCGUUCGAACCGCGUGGAGUCGCGGCCCUCCUGACGUUGAACAGUGUCGAAAUCGAAAAACCACCCCCGGUCACCCAGUUCCGCCGGUAAAUAGGGCACCCGAGCUCGGAUAGCAUUCGAUAGGAAGCACACGCGAUACAGAGCUCUUUCCAGGGGAAAGUCUUCCUCGGGAACCGAUCUGCGUUUCGUCGAGAUGCUAAAGAGCGCGGCGACAAAGUUGCGUUUUUGCGCGAAUCGUGCGAUAUCACGUAUCUAAUCGACAAAAUAUCGAUUUCGCGAAACGAAGUCGGUCGUGACUCAUUUUGAAAGCAAAAGUCGUGCGGCUUAGAUUAAGGAAAAACCGUGGGAACACGAAAACGAGCUACGCACAAACAACUUUGGUUAGAAGUCCGAAGAAGAACGUGCUACGAGUGUGACAGUCGCAUGAUCGCUGUCCAGCCAAGCCGGCAGACCUAAAAACCUGAAAACCUGGCGAACGUGAUCGCGACUUUCGUGAUUCGCUGGGAACCGAAAUCGGGUCGCAUGAAACCCAUUCGUAACAACGGCUCCACGGAAAUCCAGCAAAUUAUUUUCAAGGGUCCGGCAAGCUAUUCGCCAACUAUGCGCCGAAACGCUUCCAUCGUUCGGCCCGGAACACUUCCCAUGAGGGUUAAAUAUGAUAAUGCGGUAAAAAUCACUCCCACGCGUUUUAGCAAUAAUAAGCGACGAUAACAACACAAAACAGUUCCAACGUGAUAAGACGUCGGGUGGAGAUGCUUAUACUUACAUUGGCCAGAUCUUUCAAUCAUUGGAUAUCGGUUAACGAGGAAGGUCUCGCUGGCAUGUGUGACAAUUAUUAUCAGGAAGAGGUACUGUUACGCGGCGGCGAGAGAGUGCAAGAUGACCAGCGUGGCAUUUUCAAUUACGAGUUCGACAGUAAGAUUUACAAGUCUCGGCUACGGCCGCGGAGAUGGCUAAUAGGCAUUCUAAUUUUUCUGCUAACAUCCCUGGUCAUCAUAAACACCUAUACCACGGACCAAUUUCCGACCGCGCACUUCGGAUCUAUUCUAAACAUCACAUCUCAAGACAACUACUUGGAAUUGAAGACGUACUUCACGCCUGUCUCUAAUUCCGGCUUCGUGGUACACAACCAGGGUUGUCGGAUCCCAGCGAUGGAUCCUUUUGAUCCAGCGAUCAAGCGAUUCAUUCGCAAGGAGAAACCGAUCGUCUGCGAGCACGGGACUCAUUUGCCGCUCGUCGACUCAAACGGCACAGCGGUGUACAUAAAUCCGAAGGCGGUACAACAUUUUUACAACGAAUCCGAGGACGUCAAUUGCUGUUGGCGACCUUUCUGGCGAAUGAAAGACGAAGAUAAUAUUGUUACAUUCAGCAACGAGUGUUUCACCUUCCAGAAUUCGUCGACUGUCAGGGCCGAGUUCGUGAAGAUCGAAUGCUCCCGCGACAAGAAGGUGAUAUACAAGGACUACCACGCUUUCCUGCCACGUUUCCGAUCGAUAGAGGAGAAAUACGAAAGCUCGAGGAUCGCUGAUACGAGGCCCGAGUACCUCAGCCUGUUGAUUAUCGGCCUGGACUCGGUGUCUAGGAACAACUUCCAUCGGAUGAUGCCAAAAACCGUGAACGCUCUGAAGAAGCUCGGUGCGGUGGAGAUGCUGGGUUACACGAAGGUAGCAGACAACACCUAUCCGAAUCUAGUAGCUGUUUUGGGCGGCCUAUCGGACAAAGAAGUGCACGAUCUCUGCUGGCAGUCGAAAGAGAAGACCUUCGACGGGUGCCCGUUCAUCUGGAAGAAUUUCAGCGCGGCCGGCUACCGCACCAUCUUGGGCGAAGACGCUUGCGGCAUGACAACGUUCAAUUACUUAAAACCAGGCUUCCGGGUGCAGCCGACCGAUUACUAUUGGAGGCCAUUCUGCAUCGCCUCGGAGAAGGACAUCGGCAACACGCACAAAUUGAACGCGAACCUGUGCAUCGGGACCAGGAAGACGUUCGAUAACUUGCUGGACUACAGCCGGAAAGCUGCCACGCAGUUCGCCAAAGACCCAUACUUCGGGCUGUUCUGGCAGGCCAGUUUGACCCACGACUAUUUCACUUACCCGCAAUUAGGCGACGACUCUUAUCACGACCUGGUCUCGUAUCUGUCCGAGGAACAGUUGCUCAACCGCACCGCGCUGAUCGUGAUGAGCGACCAUGGAAUCAGAUGGGGCGAGUUCCGGGAGACCUACCAAGGCAGGAUGGAGGACAGUCUACCGUUUGUGUUCAUCGUGUUGCCGUCUUGGUGGAAGGACAAGUACCAAAUAGCGUGGGCCAACCUCCGCAGGAACGCCUACAGGCUGACGACAGCUUUCGACCUGCACGAAACGCUGAUGGACAUACUGCAGUUGACCAACGUGGAGGAACCCGCCCUGAAGGAGCGUUUCAGAAGGCUUUCGUCGAUGGCACGGCCGCCACGCGGGAUCAGUUGGUUCCUACCAAUUCCGGAUUUUCGGACAUGCGACAUGGCCGGCAUCGCCAGUCAUUGGUGCAUGUGCCACAGCAGCGCCGACGUUCCCUUGGAGGAGAAGCAUCUUCGGGACAAGGCUCAGUUCCUCGUGGACGAACUGAACCGGAAGCUGAAAAAAUUCGCGCAAUGCGCGACUCUCAAGCUGAAGGAGAUCAGGGCUGCGAAGGCGUGGAAAGACAAGAGCGACAAAACGGAUCUCGUCGAUUACACGAUAACGAUACAAACCGAACCCGGCGACGCGAUAUUCGAGGGGACAGUACGGGACACGGGUAAAGAUAGCAGCAACAAAUUGGUCGGGUCUGUUAGCAGAUUAAACGCCUACGGCAAACAGAGCGCCUGCGUCGAUGAAUUCAAUAUGAGGCUGUAUUGUUACUGUCUGUAGAGGCCACGUGUUCCGUCGUGAGCAAUCUCUUGUAGCCACCGCUAGAGAAUAGAAGUCUCUGCUCGUACAAACGUUCGCGAAUGCUAUGCGUGAAACAAUUUUCCUUCGUAUCUUUGUCGAAAAAGUGCUCGUCGAUCGUUUAUACAGGUUUUUGCGAUUUAAAUGAAUCCUUUCGUAGAUCAUUUUCAUCCUUUUGCAGAUCAUAUCCAGCCCUUUUCACUGAAAAUUAAUCCUUUCGAAGGUUGUGCUUGCAAAUAAAACAAACCCUCUUAUAGAUCAAAAUUGGGGUCUUCUAUCCAAUUUUUAAACCGAAUACGAACUUUGUCACAAAUAAUCCUUCCAAGUGAAAUUAACUCUUUUGAAAAAUUCAAUUUACUUAUUCGUAAUUAUUUGUAAUAAAGUUCAGGUUCGAUUUAAAAAUUGGAUGGAAGACGGCCAAUUUUGAUCUGUGAGAGGAUUAAUUUUAUUUACGAACUGAUGAAUUUGAUUUGCAAAAAAAGAAAUGAACACAACCUGUGAAAGGAUUAAUUGUCAGUACAGAUGGGUGAAUAUGAUUUACAAAAGGAUUAAAUUGGAGUGCAAAAUCUAUAAAUCAUUCUGUAAUGAUUCGAUAUGAUUCGCGAGUUCUAUUCUACGGAACACAGCAUUCUACGCUUUCGGUUUAAAUUCAUAGUGAAUGUAUCCAUCCGUUCGUUAUGAUGUUCAACGUUUUUUAAAAUGUAACUCUCAAUGUCUUGAAAAAUGUUUCGUGAUAAACGGCUCUAAUAUACAAAUAGGGCUGCUUCAGCUGUAUGAUCUUAUUCGUCUUCUAUAGCGUUUGAUCCACGGAUGUGGGGCAGAAUAAUACGAUAACUUCCAUAAAUGUUUACACAGAUUUAGAAACAUUUUUUUAAAGAUGUUCACAGAUCAUUCUUUAAACAAUCAACAAUAAAAAAGAACGAACUUUUGGAAGUCUCGAUGGUGCUGUACCCCCUGCGAGGGGGUGGUUUUCAGGGUCUGAUGAAUAUGUCUGCCAAACGAGUUUUUGAAAUUGAAUCGAUUGUCGAAGCUUGGAGGGUUUGAAUUGAAAGUGGUGCGAGUCAAGCAUCGAGAUUAUAACUAUUUUCGUUGUCUAGACAAAAGAUUUUGAAAUCGGCUGGAAUGUCUGCCGUCUAAAUCAGAAUAACCCUUUGUGAGAUGACAAUGGUUUAAUAGUCAAUGCAUGCCGAUACGAAUGCUAUUUUCGUAAAUAAACAUUUCAAAAACUGGGAAGAUGCGCAUUCAAAGACCAAAAUUCUGGCAGGGUUACUAUCGAAUUAACACGUUUACAGAUCGUACGUUCAAAAUAUAGAAACUCCUUAGUAUGCUAUACUAUUUUGGUGCUAGUAUCAAAACGAUUUUCAAAUUAAUUUUAAUUUUAAACGCAUGUAUUGAGUUAUACAUAACAUUUUUUUUUAAGUUAUACAUAACCGACAUAUGAAACGUGGAGCUGGUAACGUGUUAUAUGCCCGAGGUAAACCGAGGUGAAUGUUUAAGUAAAUGGAAAUCAUAAAUUAUCUAUUUUACGUCCCUGAAAAGUGACGAUAAUUUUGAACGAUUUCCUUCAUAAUAAAAAAGGCCUCUUGUACAAGCGGUAUAAGAAUGUACAGAAAUGCAAUGACAAAUGUGAUGUUAGAACGAUUGCGAUUUAGUAAUUUCAAGCAGAUUUCCUAAAUUUUUUGUAAUAUACUUACAAGUUUACGUAAUAUUCCUUCAUACUUGAGAAAAUUCGAACAACGGGAAUUUCGAAUUUUAAGUUUCCUCAUUUUGUUAACCAUCGAAACGUCAGAUAAUUGUGAGUCUGAAAUUUAAAAGCAGUGUUCCAAAAUAUAUUUAUAUAUCUGAACAUUCUCUCAUGGAUCUUUUGUCAGCGGGUGAAUAAAAUCUCAUAAGUGUGAAUACAACCAAAUGUGAUAAUAUUUGAAUAAUUGAAUGGUGCAUCGAAAAUUAAUUCGAUAAAACCUGAAUUAUCGUAAUUGUAACUAGAAUCGGUUAAACAAUAGACACGUUCGGUCUUGCUUUCAUCAGGGCAUAUUGGUAAAAUAGUGAACACUAGCAAUGGACGUUAAAGAGAUACAAUAAGCGACCAAUUUGUGGAAACUUAUAUAAAAAUCGAAAUGUUAUUUA